GUGGAUCUGCUUGGCUCUCCGGCUCUGCAGACACCCCCUGCUCACUGCGUCUGCCGUCUGUGCCCCGCCCUCCCUCUCUGACUCCCAGCAGCAUCACCGGCAGCUGCUGUCACAAACCGGAGAGAAUAAUUCCACCGUAAACGAUCCUGACGCCGAGCGGAGCGUUUCAGACCGCUUAUAAGAGUGGGCUGUGUGUAUUUGUAAGUACGUGCCGAUUGUGAUCGUGCAGUGGUGAAUCUCGCAUGCUAGAGUCUGUUGUUAUCGUCAUUGGCUGAUGGGUUCACGUCAUAUAUAGUGUGAAUAAUACAUCUCUGUUUCACUCGGAGGUUGAUCGAGGUUUUCCAAGGACAUCAGCAAGCGACACGGUGCGGCAGCGAUGAGCACGUCUUACGGCGACACUGAGCAAGUGGGAGGUAACCUGUUUUAGCUGCUGUAAUCAUCAUUGAGUUUCACAGACUUCUCUCAGACGUACCCCGGGUUCAAGCUCUCUGCUUCAGCUCCUCCGGCUCGAGGGCUGCAACGUCAUGAGUUGAUCGCGCCUGACAGAUGUUGCAGUUGCACAGGCGUACACACUCUCCUCUUGGUCUCUUUGCUGUUUUGAGGAUGAUUCUGUAGGGGGGAAAAAAGAACCCGCUUUAUGUCUUCAAUGUUCAGUCCUCGCUUUGUGCUCGUGCUGAUCGCAACCUUCUUCUAGAUUUCGGGAUUGCAUAAAAUGAUACCUGGAUCUGCCGCAUCAAUGCUACCCUCUGCAGAAGCUGCGAAAUUGUACCAGACCAAUUACGUCCGCAACUCCCGUGUCAUCGGACUUUUGUGGGCCAUCUUCACUAUCCUGUUCGGUAUGGUGAACGUGACCAUCUUCUCACAGCCCUAUUGGAUCGGCGAUGGCAUUGAUACGCCGCAGGCCGGCUACUUCGGCCUCUUCCACUACUGCGUCGGAGACGGACAUUCCAGAGAGCUGGCCUGCCAGGGCAGCUUCACUGAGUUCUCCGCUAUCCCCUCCAGUGCGUUCAAGGCCGCCUCCUUCUUCAUUGGAAUGUCCAUGAUGCUGGUUGUCACCUGCAUCGGCUGCUUCAGUCUCUUCUUCAUGCUCAGCACCUCCACUGUAUACAAGAUUUGUGGCUGGAUGCAAGCAGCAUCAGGUAAGACAGGGGGGGGCAGAGACUCUGGAAAAGAGAUGAGAGGAGUUUAUUCACACUAUAACUGUUUAAUAAUAGGGAAAGCUUCCUUUACUUUUCACAUACACUAAAGCGGUUUGCAUGGUGAAAACAAGCCAAUUUCAAGAAGGUCCUACAGAGUUGUCUUUGGCCUUUAUUCUAUCUGCUAAGGGUCUUUAUUGAUGUGUAUUUUAAAAACAUUGAAUCCAUCAGCAUAGGUAUAUUUUUUAGUCUUUGGUUGACGAAUUGAGAUAACUUUGUCGUCAAUGGGAGCAGCUAUAGGACAGAUAAGCUGCAAAAGUCUGCGCUGUAGCUGUCAGCCAACACUGCUGAACAGGCAGCGCUGUCCGUGGUGCUGAAGUGAUGUUGAGGAAAUGAUGGACAUUACUGCCUAAUUAACAGUCUACCUGUCACAACCUUUCUGAGCCACAGGUGUAGUCACAAAAAGGCAAGGCUAUUGGAUCUGUAUGAAGGUGACACUACAUUAAAAAGUUGGACUGAUGUAUGUUUUGUUAAUAUCCUGUGUCUGAACAUUAGAUUGAGAUGUUGUGCCUUCAAAUGAUACAUCAAAUUUGAAUCAGUGUUUGCUUUACAUAACACAUAACAGACGUCAUUGUGCUGCUGCUAACCUACCACUACGCUUCUCUGUGUGUCAUAACAAUUGAUGUUAUCGCAUUAGCAUACUACAAGUGGAAGCUUAAACCUCCAUAGAGGCUAAAAAUAAUGUACCGCUGUGAUUUCAUCAAGUAAGAGCACAUAAUAGUAAACUUUUAUGUGGACAUUACCUAACUGGUGAUUUUCAAAAAUAUGAUUUUUUCUUUGUAUCACAACUCAAAGUUUAAACUUCUUUAUAUGCAAUGAUAUUCUUUUCAGCAGCCAGGUGUAUGAUGCAUUUGUGCAUAAGUUUGUGCAGCAGUGUGUGCAGUGUUGAAGUUGUUUCGAUGUUUUAGAGGUCAGUGGUCUGACUACUGGCAGUGUUUUGUCACUGUUACUGUGGGCUAAUGUCAUCCAGUGUGAAUGGAGAACUCCAUCAUCUGAAAGGAGUCGUAGCAUUGCCAAACAUCAGUCCGCUACACCGCACCGCUGGUCAUAACGUCCGGUUUGAUGUUUGCAACCAAGGCAAAUGAGGUGGGGGGGCGAUUUUUAUUUAGGAACAACUCCAGCUCAGUGUGUUAUGUUGGGCUGCAUUAAUGCAACAGGCCUGUCUAAUGAGGAGACCGUCGGGGCUUUGUGCUUCUGUAGCUGAGAGAUGAAAGACAAAGCCAAGAGGAGAGACCCUGACCACAGAGAGCUGGAACAGUGAGGGCUAAUGAGCGAGCCCGGCUGCUUAGCACUGUCAGACUUCAUCACGCUUAGCUGAAGGUUAAACUCACGCUGCCUUCACUUACCAGACCUGCGGUGUACAGGUGGCCCGCCGACAUCUGUAAUGAGUCAUUCACUUUCAGCUGAUGUUUGGAGAGGAAGGUACAAAUCAUCGAUGUAAUUAAAUUAAACACCAGCUAUUAAGGCGUUUUUGUUAGUGUACGAGAGACUGAGCAAACAUUUUCCUUAUUAUUGUUUUCCUUACUGUUUUAAAAAAAUCUCCUUUUUCUUUUAUUUUUCUGGCUGCAAAAAUGUGUAACAUUUCAUUAACAGUGUGGGUCAGCCUGAGCUUGAUUAUGAGAACCCCUGUUGUAAGCAAUAAUCACUUGUUUCUGACUAAAAAAACAGCAUAUCACAGUCCCAUGCCUUAGGGGGCCUUUUCAUACAUGAUAACUCAACAUCAAGGUCAUACUAUUGUGUUUGCUGCAUGUACAUAAUUUAAGUAAUGUGCUGUAUGCCACUCUGGCAGCAGCUUCACAGCUCCCCUCUUGGCUGAGGUCAGAAGGUUGGGAAUAAGCACUUAACAACAUAAAAGAGAUUCCUGCCAUUGCACACAGCACCUCAUGAAUGAAUCAGUCAACUAAAGCAUGCACACAUCUCCAAAAAUAGCAGGAUUUUUUAUUUCUGUGAAGCUCAGGUGAAAGAACUGAAGAAAAAAAAUCCUGAAGACACAUUAGCCCCCCUGUUGUGGUUAUUUCAAUCAAACAAAGUUGGGUGUGAAGUGGCUCCACCCUGGACUUCUUUCACUUUCCUCACUUGAGCUAUUUCUGUCUGUGCAUCUGCUCAAGUCCAUAUCAGGCAGAUGUUAGUGUGUGUUAUUUUUCCUUCUAAACUGGGUGUGUGAAACAUAGAGCACAAGCUUUCAUACCUUUAUAUCUUUCUGCUACUUUCACACGAUUCAACCUUGUAUCUCUGAUUUCACCUUCUUCUCACUCUUCACAAACACAUCCUGGCAAGUAAUUUAUGUGCCUUCCAUUUCUCCCUUCAUCUUCAAUUUUCUGUAACUCGAGUUCUUCAGGGGUCUGCUCGCCAAUUAAAUAAGAAGUCUGUAAGGGUCAGAGAUAAUUACUGCUCCUUUUUACGCCCUGUCUUCGCACUCGGUUAUGUCAGCUGCAGCCAUUUUUUUUCUGCAUUUGAUGGGACUGUUCCCUCACAAAACAUAUGAGUCAUACCUGUGCAUAAGCAAGACGUGAGCUUUGUAAAGUCAGCUGAACAAAUAUGCAUUCUGAGGGUGACCUAUUUGGAAAGAUACAGACUGGAACGCUUUCAAAAGAGCUGCAUUUGCGUAGGGACCUCAUUUCUAUUUUUUUUUUUUCUAUUUUUGAUUUCAUUAUUUGGUCUGCUCUGUUAGCUUGGGCUUGGUUGCUGUACUUUUCCCCAAGUAAUUAGGAAAGAAAACAUUUACUUUAAAAUUCAUGGGAAAGCAAAAUUACAACACAGCACUCUGAAGCAUCCUCCUCUUCUCCUUUGAUGUCUUUGGUAGUUAAUACCUCAGGGGUGACUUCUUCACAUUGUGCUCAAGCUUGUGCUCUGCAGCAUCAGCGUGACUUCUUCCAAUUUGUCUAAUGAGCUACUCUCAGUAAGUGAGCUUCUGAUGGCUGCUUGAUCCAAAACUGACCAUUGUUCCUGAGCCCAUUUUAUUUGGCAGCGCGUUGUAAUACAUCUGUGUGUUUACACGAUGUGAGGGUUUCAUGCUGAAUCUCCGAGUGGAAUCCAUGCCACGCUUCACUUUGAGCAGACAUCUCACAGACUCUGCAUAUAAAUGCUGAAGUUAGUGCAGGAAAAGUGCCCCAGCUUCUGUUGUUUGAGUAAUUUUUCAACUAUGUGUCAGCGGUUUCAAGAGAGCUAUAGGUGCAGAAUGCAUUGGUUAUAAUGAAAUCAUGUAACUCAUCAGCAGUCAACCACUUCGCUUUUUAAAGGCUGUAAAUAAGAGAUGUGCCUGUUUAGUCAACUACAGGGUUAAAGCUCCUAUGAAGUAUUGAUUGGCAAUUAUGAAAUAAACUAAAAUUCAUAUUUGUGCCUUUCUUUUAAUCAUCAAAAAGCAAACAAGACCAUCAACGGCAAUAUUUUUUAAACCCAGUUUCUUAAGCCUGUAACACGUGCAAGAGGAUACGUGUCAGUCAAGCAGCUGAAGAAACAGUCCUGUUUGUACAGUUUUCACAUAAAAUAUUCAAUAUAAAUGACAUAUUUAACUGUCAAAAGCCAGAAGGAUGAAUAAUUUUUCAAAGGCAGCACUUAAGCUAGAUAAGAAAAGGAAACACUGCUUUGUCCACAGGGGGCGCCAAAAUCGAUACAAACUAAAAGUUCCUCACAGGAACUUUAAGUAUGUUCCUCCUGCCAUUCAGCACCAAAAUUACUUCCAGUGCAAAAAAGUUAUUAAUAAUUGUAUCACACCCACCACUAGGCUGUUAGUGGUGGGUGCUACAGUGCUCAAAUGACCUACUACCCAGAUGUAAACAACCACAAACGAUAGUUAGCCUCUCAUAGGGGUAUUUUUUAUUUGGGUAUGGGGGAUAACAGAGGACUGUGCCGGGUGUAGGAGACAGUUUUUCAACUGUGUGACACUGUGUAAGUUUUGACUUUUCUGUUAUCAAAUGUUUUAAAACUAGAUUAUAUCUCUUGUCAUUUGCAUAGUCUUUAGUUAGACUUUUGAUAUCCAGAGAAAUUUUCCAGAGAAAAUGCCAUAACAGUAUGGCUUUUUCAUUUCUUGUGAAGGAUAUAUCUUCAAAUACCUUAUUUUGCAGGACCAGCAGUUAAAAACUAAAGACGCUCUGUUUACUAUCUUCAAAUAUCUUAUUCUGUAGGACCAGCAGUUAAAAGAUGCUCUGGGUACUAUCACAUAAAAAGCUGCUGACAUGUUUGUAAGUAACCAACAGUGACAUUCCCCUGUACAUUAUUUUAUGCAUAUGAAAUACUGGAUGUAUGUUUACAGUCAGUAUACUGUAUGUGUAUAGGGUGCUGCUAUAGCAGGGACAGCCUCAACAUUACAGGUAUAAAUAUAGAUGUAAAUAUAAAUAUAGAUCGAAGACGAAACAUCAUGACUUCAAAACAUAUAAGUUUAUCAGCUGCCAGUGUUCAGACAGGGAGGGAGGGAUAGGUAACUGAGCUGACAAUACAGACAAGAUCCUCCUGGGAAAUAACAUAUGUGAGAAAAAACACGAGGUAUAAAGCCAAACAGAGGAGACAGACAGCUGGAAAGAAAACAAACAGAGCUCAGAGAAGACACACUGGUCCUCUGGGUCACCUCUGUCUCUCCCUCCUUGUGUCAUUAUUGGUGUUUCUGUGAGACUGGCUCCCACUCUCAUGGUCCAUUAGCUCCAUUGAGAGGCUUGUUCUGAGGGGGGCUUUUAAGCCUUGUUGAACGCAGAGGUGGAAAGUGGUGGAGCUCUGAGUGAGAGCGACCGUCACAGAGCUUCACUUUCCACUGCAGAGCUGUGUACUCCAGCCCUCCAAAGUUAAUGCUGCAAAUGAGCACUUCAGUCUGGAUACCUAGCAGGAAUGGAGCAUAGAUUAGAGCUUGUCUGAAGUCGGGUCUGUUGCUUUCACCUGUUGCUUUGCUUUCUAUGUGUCUUUUUUGUGCAGCACGAGUUAAAUGGCAGCUUAAACUUCAUUUUGCAGACAUAAUAGAGGUGAAUUGAUUGUCUGCAUGCAAAAAUGUGGCCAACUCUCCAGGUCUUCAUUAUCUUUUUGGACCACAUUCAUCAUCCUCAACUGUCAGAUCCAAACAACAGUAUGCUUCAGCAAAAAUUUGCAUAUAAAUUGAUAUUUUCAUUAAAUGCACAAAAGAAUGGCUUUAAUGUGAUGAAGAGCUAUAAAGCUUUGCCCGUAAUUGCCUCAAUCUGGAAGUGAAAAACAAAGAAGAAAUUUCCCCAAACAAGUAAUAAAUCACAAAAACUUGCAGCAGACUUUCUGUCAUUUACCAGCGUUUGCAGCUUUUCUCUAUUCCCAAAUUGACCUUCUGCGUCUUAACUCCUUCUUACAAUAUUACAUUUACAUUUCGCAGACGCGAGUCUGAGGCAAUGUCUGAGAGUAAAUAAAUGACACAAGUGAAGGAGAACACAACAUCCCACUGAGCAGUUUUUGGUCUAAAAGAGGUCGAAUCGACAUCUAAAUGUAGCCCAGGCAACUGGUCUAAAAUCAGGCCACCACAGGUCUAAAAAUAAAAGACUUUUAGAUGUCUAAAUUUACACCAAGUCUAAAUCUGGGCUAUAUCUAUACUACACUGUAUAUUGCUCAACGGCUAUCAUAAUUAUUUUGGUUAAGUACUUGGAGAUCAGUUAUGCAUCUCACAGUUGCUUUUUGAGAUAAAUAGUUAUCAAGUAAUGGGUUAAAGAGCACCGUCUAAAAAUAUACAGAAUCUAGAUGGUUUAAAUUAGGUCUAAAAAAAACUAUAUGUCUAAUAGCCGUCUAUUGCUCAGUGGGAUAAGCAAGUGCUGCAGAUUACUUUCAAUGUAAUUAAUCUUAUUGUUUAUAAUCGUCACUAAAAUAUCAACAACACAACGAUUCUCAUCAUUGAACUACAAUAUCAUCAGCAUCAAUGCUUUUGCAAUCAGUACCAUCUUUAACUUAAAUCUACCAAGUGCAGAGUUGUUCACCUCCAUCUGGAUUGAGUGAAUGAGCCUUUUCUUACCAAAUUGCAACAUCUGCUGUUGACAACUGCAGCCAAGCAAAAGUGCAAAUCUGACAGUCUGAAAUCUGUCAGAGCUAAAUUAAAAUACACAUUUUAUAGCAGAAUUUGGCAAGAUAACAGCAUGGUGCAAAAACAGUUUUAGUGGUGUGGGUUUGACCUAUUGGUGCACCAUGUUCAGAGGCUCUUGUCCUCAUGUAGGCCGCCCUGAUUUGAUUCAACCUAUGGCCUCUUUCUCACAUGCCACGUUCUCUUUGUUUUCCUGCUUUAUCCUCUGUCUUAUCUAUUUUUUAAAAAAAGGCAUAAAAGGCUGAAAAUAUAUUACUUAAAUAAAACAAGUCUCAUCUUUAUCCUCAUUUCUCUCCUCUGCAGAGCCAUAUACCAACUAAAACAUGGACAAAGCAUCAGUUAGAGCCAUUGUGAAAACAAAUUAGAACAAAUAGGAGGUGCCACUUAACAGACAAAAAAUGAGGCAGGACUUUGACCUCCCAGCAAACAGCUGCAUUGCUUUCACCUACUAAUGGACUUGGACACUCUACUGAAUAUGCACUUCAAUGCAUUACUCUGAGAGGUAACAUCCUCAGAGUGGAUGAGCUUUAAGAAACCAAGCUUUUUCACCAACUGAUUAGUGUGUAGGAACAAAAAACUAAACCAAACUGUAUGAACAAGGCUGCAUUGGAUUAUUCCAUUAUGACUCAUCUGUUUUGGUCAUGUUAAUGCUGAGUCAUGCCCACAUAAUAAUGCUUUAUAAAGGGUGUGGCUGAUUGAUUGACAGGUUGGCACAUUGUUGAUGUUUGUCCUAUCUCCACCUCUUUAUCUGUUAAAGUAGAAAAUUAGUCAGAGUCAGCAGCUCAAACAUGGAUGCCUCGGCUUAAUCCCACCUUAGAGGUCAAUGAGACCAUGCCAAUGUUUUGUACAGUGUAUGGUUUUCACACACCUGCACCCACGUUGUGUUUACUGUGAGGAUUUAUCUCUGUCUAUCCACUUUGACUUUGAAGUAUUUUGAAAGACCAUGAAAAGUAUUUCCCAAAUGUAUUUUGAGCUAGGGCUUGGCGAUAUGGCCUCUAAUCAAUAUCACGAUAUAUUGAGCAGUUCACCUCAAUAAUGAUAAAUGGACGAUAACUACUCCACAAGCUGCUCACCCCCUCCCACAUUAACUUCGUCUACUUCAGCUGCCGCUCCAGCCACUACCAUCUUCCAUCUCCUCACCUGUCUUUCCCUCUUUGUUACGGACUGGAUGGGGUGGAGUCAUGUCUCCAACGUAGGACAGCGUUUUAAAGGGACAUGAGACCAUAGACUACCUACACACAUCCAAAACCAACUUUCAUUUUUUUUGAAAGACCAAGAAAAGUAUUUCUCAAACAUAUUUUGAGCUUUGCAAAAGGUUCCUUCUAUUUGUGUUAUUGCAUAAAUCUGCAGAAUAUAGUUGUUCAUAUUAAAAGUGGAUUAAGGACUAUGCCUCAUGAUCAACACACACUAACUCAUUAAACUAGAAAAGUAUAUUUUAUUCAUUAACUAAACUAAACAGAACUGUCAGCCUCCUGUCUUAAAUUAUGGAGCAGCCAGACACCCAAACUCCAGUCUGUGACAGGAGAUAAAUCUUACCUCAGACAUAUUUGCUAUUUGACAGCCGCCUGUGCCGCUUUUAUACCUGCCAGUUAUCAUCACCAUGUUAAGAACAGCCUGAUGUAUCCAGUCAGUCAUGUUGCUGCAGCUAUACGUGCAAAGAGAGGACUCAUGUCUCUCUGCAGCACAUCAAGUCAGAUCCCCAGUGGGGCAGAUUUGUGUAACCAAGAUAGAGAAACCACAUGGAUGAACGCUGUCUGCUGUAAUUACACAAAGACGCAUCAGUGCUAUUUACUUUAACUUUAUUUGCUUUUGUGUGAUAAUGAAAGGGUGAGAAACAGGGUGAAAAUUGAUGGAAGGAGCAUAACAAGUAACCUGAAAGCAUAACUCUGCAGAUUUAUCCUCAAAUCCUUAAAUCAGUGGCAGUGAUGACAGCUGGUUCAGGAUAAUUACAGAGGAGAUCUAUAUUCUCACUGGGUCUCUCUGAAUGUGCUGACCCACUGCUUUCCUUUUGAGUCCGAUAAUGUGGAUACACUAACACCCACUUCACAGAUGGGGAUGAUCUCUGGAGUACAAACUCCUCGCUGUGACUCUCAGUCAAUCAAUCUCGCUUUCUCACAAGUUUCCUCUCGUUUUGACGGAUAAUCGAAUCAACUUUCAUCCCAUCCUGUGUUUUUGCGAUUAAGAGACACAUAUAUUAAGGAAUUAGGGAGGAAUUACAGAACUAUGAUCCAGCUCAGAGCUCAUUGGACAGCAGGGAACAGCGUGGAUUUUGGAUUUUUGCCAAAUUCAUGCUUAUUUGUGACGAUGCAGAGGAGUUGGUUUAAUCAUGAUUUUUGGAUUUCAAACAAAUCAGUGCAGAUGAAUUAGCCCACACCUCAUGAGUUUGGCUGUAUGCGGAGUACAAAUUAUUAAUUCCAGCCAAGUCCUCAUCAUGACUCCCCUGUGUUUUGUGUCCCUGUUGCCCCCUGCAGGACUAUAGAUUUACCAGAGUUAAUCCCUGUGAUCUCAGAGGUGGUCCAGCUGAGUCCAGAGCUCAGGCUGAGGAAGCUGCUGAUUUGUUCCACAGGGGGAGGAAGAGGAGGGACAGCUAGGACACCGUGACUCACAGAGAAACUUUCUAGGACAAAGUGACAGUGAUGAUAUUAAUAAACAUAUGUGAAGAGAGGAGCUGAGUACACCGAGAACAAGUGCUGCACUUUAUUAAAUUUAUAGGGUACUUGUUGAUGUAAACACUAUAAACCUGCGGACAUAUAUUGCUAUCAAAAAUGAGGUCCAGUGAUAUGGAUAUGUGGCACUAACAAAUAAGUACAGAGUAGUUUUAUUCAAUUACAUAUUGUAAGAGGUUUUGAAAAGUGGAGUUUUCUAAAUUUACAUAAAAUUUUAAAUUUGUGUUUAGUGGAAUACGAAAGAAAAAAAUUAUCUCUGUCUUCUAGUUGUUUGCUCUGAGUCAGUUUUGCCCUGAAGCACUACCAAAAAAUCCUGUCUGGAGGGGGAAUUUAUGAGAUCUUGUAUUUUACUUUCAUUACAGAUUAACUUUCCUACUUUCCUGGAAAAUGUUGUUGUAACUAGAACAUCGGUGGUAGUCUCUCUCAGUCUGUCUUGUUUGGAAACUCUCAUUUUUAUUAUUACUUUAUGCAGCCUUUAUUUAACCAGGAAGUCCCACUGAGAUUAAAACGAGAGACCUGGCUUAAGUAAUGUACCUGUUGGCUGAGAGGAGGAGACCUUUCUAUUUCGUGGUUGUUUUCUCUUAUCAUACCCGGACCAGCGGCCCUACCAGUUUUUUCACAGAGAAUUCAAAGGCCUCUUUUGAUCCCCAUUGCCCUUGCCGAUCUUUAUCCUCUGCUGAGGUACAGGCUGCAUCUAAACCUGUUACAUAAGCCCUCCACCCCUCUCUGACUCCCUCCUGCUCUGCUCACUGCGGUUUACACUCACACUCCUUCCUUUCUUCCUUUCCCUCUGCAUCCACACCCCUGCUUUAACUCAGAGAGCUACUUUUAUUCAAGAGGAACAUGUCCCUCUCCUGUGUCGACCUUGUAUUACUCGAGUGUUGACACUUGACAGUUUCAGAGCACAGUGGGUCCUUGCUUCUGAGUUUCACCUGAGGCAGUCACAGCCUGCUUAAUCAAUGUAUAAUAUUUAAGGCAGUGUCUGUGUGGACAUUAAGAUUCAGAGCACAUUCAGUGUUUGAUUAUACACCAUUUGACCGAUAAAUUAAGAGUUUUUAAAAAAGUUUCUAGACAUGAAAAGUUGCUCAAAUUUAACUUUGUGAUAGAAAAAGUACUUUGUUAGACUAUCCUCACACUUGAUCUUGUUCUUAAUGAGUGAGUAAAGCAAUUUCAAGGUCAAAUCUUUGAACAAUUAGUUUGCAGUUCACAACAGAUUAGAGUUUAUGGUAACACUUUAUUUGACGCCUAUCUCUAUAACGCAUUAUAAAUAUAUGUUUAAUGUGUUAUAAUCACAUUAUAGCACUGUAUAACUAAAGUUAUAAACACUCAUACAUGAUCAUGAUGCUUUAUAGCAAUAAUCAUAACACUCAUGACUUACAAGGUCAGGUAUUAAAAUGUGUUAUAACUGUUAACAACUCACUGACAAUGCCCACGUAGAUAAUGCAUUAUACAUAUAAUCAUGAUGUGUUAUAAUUUGCUUAUUAUCUUGUAUAGCUAUCAUCAUAAACACUCAUUAAUUAUCACAAGGCUUUAUAACAAUAGGCAAAACACAUGAAGAGAUAGGCAGUAAAGUGUUACCAAAUUGAUUUUUCAUUUAAGCAAAUUUUAUUGUCAUCGGCUGGUUGCAUCUGUUGCGUGAUUGAAGGAAGUUUGCCCAUCAGUAGAAAUUCCGUAGGUUAAAUCUGGUAUACAAGUGUGGCUCAAAAACUCUACCCCUAAAGCUCAGAUAAGAUCUAGAUUCAUCACACACAAAGUGAAAUGUUUCAAGACUUUUUUUUUUGUCUAAAUCUUGAUGACUAUAGCUCACGAAAAUCUAAUAUUCAUCGUCUUAAAACAUUAGAAUAUUUAAAAAAAUGUCGACCUUCUGGAAAAUUCAUAUGGAGUUUAGGUCAGGACAGUUGGCUGGCCAAUCAAGCACAAUAAUAUCAUGGUCAGCAAACCAGAUUCUAGUAGUUCUGGUGCUGUUGGCAGGUGCCAAAUCUGUAUCUCCAUUAAGCUUCCCAGCAGGUGGAAGCAUGAAGUGCUCUACAAUCUUAAUGUUUCAAUUUUUCAAUUAAACAAUGGGAGGAAAAAUGAACUUCUUCAGGAUAUUCUAGUUUUUGAGUUGACUACCUUGUUGUCCAGCUUCUGAAUUGAUUGAUAACUGAAUUUCCAGUAUAUGUAUGUUUUGUUCUUGUCUUUGUCUGCUGUUAAAGAAGUGUCUUUUACAGUUUUGUAGGAUCUAAACAACAUACUUCUUAAAAAAAUCUUGAAUCAAAAUAAUAUUUAUCAAGAUCUCUCCCUAAUUAAGUUUACUCUCUGUUGUAAAUCUAAAUGCUCUCUGUGGUUUACAGAUACACUCUAUGGCAUGCACAAGUGGGGUUAUGUGUUUUUCCUACCAAGACUUGUCCUGAUACAGGAAUGAAGAAUUGAAACCAACAAUUUCUUGUUCCUUCUAAUCCUUCAGAUUGAAUUGGGAGGUAAGCUGCAGGCAUUAUGUGCUCAUUGUGCAGAAAAUUGCCGAAGAUGUUGACAGAGCAGGAGACAGAGAAGCCUGGAAGCUUCCUGCUCCUCUUUAGCUAUCAGCAAGUUUUUGCCAGCAACUGAAGCAAAAAUAGAUUUGGACUGUGGACAGCUCAUCUCCAGAUGCAUGUUUCUCAUUUUCCAGAGAAAGAUCGUUUCGGAAUCAGUUUUAAAAGUUUCUCAUGUUCUACUUUUCCCUGAAUCUUUUCAGGGAAUAUUUUUUGGAGAACAGAUUAAAAUUUGUGUCCAGUAUGCUGUCUGGCUCUUCUGUCUAAGCUGUGAGAAACUGUGCAGCUCCAACUCCUUCAUAAAUCUCAUUAUUUCACUCUCACAGCCACAUGCACUGACUUAAACUGUAAAUCAGAAUGAAUUUAACUUUCCCAGGAUUUCUGACCAUCUGUCUUUGGUCCCUUUUAACAGCAAAGGCUACAACCAUGAAUCAGGCUAAAGUGUUAACUCAUUUUUUUACACCACAUUUAGUCUUCGUUUAUUGAUUGUUCUAUUUUAAUUGUGCCAUUUAUCUGGGCGCAAUUAUGGCGUAUAAUUGUCAUGGUCGCUGGCCAUCCUUUGGCACACUUUUGCUCAUCUUUGAAGCCAGUAAGAAGCGUCAAUUUUUCCUAUUAAUUGUUCUGCAUGAAUGCUCCAACUUCAUCAGAGAGUGGACUGGCAUUGGCGAAGAUAAGAUUAAUUAGUUUCAUUCUACACCCUGAUUAUUUGACGACUUACAGCUCACUGUAGGUGAAGUGGGAACCAUACUGUCAGCAGAAUUAAGUGAUUAGAAAUAUAGUGGAAACAUCCAUAUAAUUACAGAGAGCUGCAUAGAUUUCAGAUGAAAACAAGAAGAACUAAAUUUGCACUGUGAGCCCAUGAAUACCACUGCAAAAUGUAAAUGAAGGAACACCAGAAUAACUUGGGAGCUUGCAGAGAGUGAAGCAGAGUUGAGGAUCAAACCGUGAUGACAGGCUCCCUUGGUAGCAGAAAGAGAUGAAAGAGUUCAGACUUUUGCUGUCUCAAAUUAGCAACUGAAAUCCUUUUGGAUUGUGGCAGAUAAUCAUGCGCAAUCCUGGAAAAUACUAGCCUGGCAUCGCCUGACCUAUUUACUAAUCCACAUUAAUCUGGAACCCCUCAGUUAAUUUUUGAUUAUCAUCAAGUUUUAGGGAUGCAGACCAAAGCUGCUCCGAACGCCACAAACAAUCAGAGCAAAGAGAAACAGAUGAAAAACAGUGAGGCUUUGGUAGACCUUCAGCUCAGAGCGCGAUUUUGGAUAUUCAAUUUAAACCACUUUUAAUAUAAUAAUACUAAAACAGUUAUUAAAUAUAUACACCUACACAUAUUCUUACAUGUAGUUGGAGUGUGUCAGCAGUUCCUGGAUGAUGAGGGCAUUGAUGAUAUUGGCCGGCGCACCCAUUCCCUAGACCUGAAUCUAAUCAAGCACCUUUGGGACAUCAUGUAAAAUUGCGUGAUGUUCCAGAGGAAAUUCACAGAAGUUGAAUCAGCCUGUGAUCUUAAUUUUUCCACUUUGUUGUUUUAGUGUAAAUCUGAAUCCAUCCUUCAGUGGGUUAAAGAUUUUGUUUUCCAUCAAUUGUUCUUAGGUCAUUUUGUUCUCAACAAAUUAUUCAAUGAUUUUCAACUGGAGUAUUUCUUUUUAUAAGAUCUGGAAAAGAAAACAGCUGAUAUGUGAAGACAAAGAUUUUUUUAAAUGUUGGUUCAUUAAAAAAUAUGUUGCUUUACGUCAAAGCUGAAAAUCAACCAGCGAGAAAAGUGCUUCAUUGGGCAAUUUAUAUGUUUCAGUCCAUUUAGUUCAAAAACACUGAAUCACUGAGUUGGUAUGAUGAUGCAUGCCUGAGAGCAAGCACUGUUUUUGCUAACGCUGAGUUAUUGUUGCAUUUAAGUGCCAGCAGAAAUCCUCGAGCGUUAAGAAUUAAACUGUAAAAACCUGCAGUAUCAAAAGUUUGGUCCUUGAAAUUUUAAUCUUUUCCCGCUCUCACCUCUCCUUUCCAGCUAUGUUGUGUUUACAUGGGCCUGCUUUUCUCCAGUCUGAGCAACAUGAGUCAUGAGCACCCAGCCACACUGUGCCUCAGCACUGGCAGCGGUCUCACUCUGCCUGGAGCUUUAGGCUGAGAACAGCAAAGUGGACAACAAACAUCAGAGACGUAGCAUGUCUUUGGGGGCAGAGGAUCACAUUACCCGCCAAUGAAAAACAAUCACAGGCUGGUGUUUUCUUUUAUUUGGGAGUUAGUAAUAACAUUAGUGUCUCUCUCUAUCACUCUCUCCACUCCUGAAGGAGCACCUGUAAGAAAGAGGCUGUAAGAAGAAACCUUUGAAAUGAAUGAGUCAGCCUUUUCCUACACUCAGGUCACUGUUUCACCUGUGGGAGUGUAUCAUUCGUUGUUACAUUAAAGCAAAGUUAUCUAUGCAUUAUUAUUGGAGGCCCCACAGAGAUAAACACUCAGGGCAUCUGUAGUGACUUUGUUUUUAAUGCUGACUUUUACUUUUCACCUUAAAUGCCAGUUUGUCCACUGAGACCGAUGACUCAGUGAACAAACUCUCUUAUUCAUCAGCAUCAAGACGUGUUACAAUGAAGUGACAAUUGAUGUUCAGGGCUUGAGCCGCUGUGCAUUUCUUUUGCACAAAGAGGCACAUGUUCACCAUGUUGGUGCAUGUGUGUGUGUGUGUGUGUGCACUGGAACUGAAUGCACAUACAGUGUGAGAUAGAGCAGUGUGGGAUGUGUGUAUUCAUAAUUCAGCUUGUUAAAGCUGUUUAAAUGAGGAGAGGAGAAAAUGGGAUGCAUAAAAGACUGCAGUUAAAAAUGUGAAUCCUUUUUCAUGGCGGCUUGGAUGUGCUGCAGAUGUUUAAGUGAUGAAAGAGCAUGGAAAUACAAAUAACAGUGUGUCUCCACCUGCCACCCAGUUCAAUAGAUGACAUGCUGAAAACACAGUCAAACAGAAAAAGGCCUUUAGUCGUCCACAUGCAGAGCCCAGUAUGUGUGGUUUAUCUUGUCUUUGUCUGCACAACAGAUGCACAAAUCCAAUCAAGCUGCUGUUUUAAAGGACACAUUGGACCUGCAGUCACCUGCAAUUUACACCAAUAACAAUGAGAUUAUCUGUGGCGAUGGGAUUCUUUCUGUAUGGAUGGGAUUAAAUUGUCUCUUUGGGGGAAGUGAGUCUUUGUGCUUCUGACAAGUCUACUGCUAUUGCACCAUCCUGUACCAUCUGCCUGUCUGCCUCAGAAUCUGCCCUACCUUCAGCCUCUUACAUAAACCCUUGUUAGCCAACAAGCAUUUUUCAGUCCAGUUUUCCACUCCUAUGAUCCCAGUGUUUGCAGGGAUAGAGAGCAGAGAGGUGUGUGUGUGUGUGUGUGCGCGUGUGUGAAAAAUACAGAAACGAGUAAAUGCUGAGAAUAGCUCUGCCCAGGGGCUCCAGCAUAUGGUAGCCAGUGCUCACGACGUUAGUGUGUGGUGCUGGCUACUUGCUGGCGGCCACUCACAGGGCACGGCACCCUACGUAAGUUCUGCCUCUCCCCACCUCCCCUCUGCCUCUCUCUGUUUCUGUCUGUGCGUCGCCCUGCCUCAGAACCUGUCUGUCCUCCCUCUGCGCCUGUCUGCCCCUCCUCUCAGGAGACAACGGGAGAGAGACGGGGGAGAAGGGCAAAGCUGAAAGGGUCGGAUAAUGCCGUCAGUUAAUAUUUCGUCUCAGCUUCGACUGACAGCUGCAUUCUGUCAGGUGUGCUGCUAUUUCUGUAGCCAGUAUUUGGAGCACAGCAGUUAUUACUGCAGCAGAAGGUUCUGCUCCAAUGCAGCGAGAGCUGGUGAGGCUGGCAGACACCAAAAAUGAGAUCCUGCUCUCUUGGCAACACCUUAUUGUAAAUCCCCUCAAUUAGCAUUAUUAAGAUCUUUGUUAAAUGUUAAUGAUGUGUUAGUGAUUUUCGACAGCCUGUUUUGUUGUUACAUGUCAUUUUAAACAUUUAUUUCUCAAUUGUUUAAGAAUUUUUUUUUUCUCCAAUGACAUAUUUGAUAUUUAUAGCAUACAUCGACUUCCACUGAGUCUUCCACUGGGCUCCAAACAAGAAGAAAUUUAAUGUUUGACAAAUAAACAAUUAGUACAUUUAUCUGACAACACCUGCAGUAGAUUAAAAAGUAUGAACUUUUAAUUGUGAAUAUCUCAAUCAAGCCUCAAGCCUAUUUGCACAGGCAUUACAACAGUUUGCAUAAAUAAAUGCACUAUUUACAUAUUUGUUUGAUCAAGUUAAAGCUGCUAUGAGGAGUAUUUUUUUUUACAUUUAUAGGACAGACUGAGUCAGCAGGACAAGAUUAUUUGUCAAAAAAUCUCUGCUUGAGCAUGUAGAGGACAAGAUAAGCAAAGGCUGCUUUGUCCACAAGGGGCGCCAAUUCUGAAACAAACCAAGGGUUAAAGAAGAAUAGUUCAUAAAAUAAAGUAAGAACCAAGAAGUGAACUUGGGACUUAUAGUCAUGCAGCUUUUGAUACUUUUGUGUUGACUGUACAGAAGUCGUGAGGCCUCUUCUAGUGCAUGACUUUGAUCCACAGUCAUAGAUUUGAAUAGAAGCCCAAACAUGAAGCAUAAUGUUGUCAGCUGAUUUCACAAAGAUAGGGAUUUAGCUGAAUAAAACUGGAUUUGCAAUUCUAAAUCAAUCCGAUGAUUCAUUGUCAUGUUUGGCUCAUUGUUGCUGUUGAUUAAACGUGCAAGAAUACCAGGCAGUCACUUCUGCAUUACAGAGUUUCAGAGUCUUGUACAGCUUUGUUGAAUAUUUUCUCUAAUUUAUACCACAGCACAUUUCACCUGCGUUGAACUUUAACCUUUGUCUUUGCAAAAUUCUGAUCGCAUAAUCUUUAAAUGAAUUAAACUGACUCGUGUUUUCAGAACAUGAACGAUGAUUAAAUAAUAUAAUGGCCUCUGUGAACCCAUCUUUGCUUUACUAGGAGGCCCACAUCGACUGUACUCCGUGAAUUUGGAUUAAGCGCCUCAUUAUGUAAGAAGAUGCAAUGAUAGGCCUGCUGGAUUGCGUUGUUUUGUGGUUAUGGAUUAGUUGUCACCAGGCUUACUGUGCAUGGAGGGGACAUGUGCUCCUCCUCAAACCUCAAGCUGUUUCUGGAAACAGGAGCGGCAUAUGUGGCACCCUCUGUCGGUUUAAUCCUCGCCAGUACAUUCCUCAGAGAUGUGUAUCUGCAGCGGCAGGCUUUGGGGGAGAUAUUUCUGAAGUGACUGUGACAGAUAUUUUACUGCUCUUGUAUCUCUUGUUCUCUUUUGGUCUCCCUCCCCUGAUGAUAUCAGCUUGUGUCGGUGUACACUUCUUUUAUUUGUCUUUUUCCUGCACCCGCAGUCUCUCUCCGACUGAGUCUCGAUGUAAUAUUCAUGAUGCUGCUGAAUCGAGCCAAAGGCAUGCAGGAGACACCCAGAAGGAUCUGGAAAAGCUUUUGUUACCUCUGUAGUAAAUGCAUCAUGAGGUAGAGAGAAGAGUACUGUGUGAAAAAUGUUAUUUGGUCCUCCAUGCCACUCCCUCUCUGAAGUGAAAGCUGUUAUAUAAACCCCCAUGAUAUGCACAACAUUCAAGCAGAACCAUUCGUUCUUGUUCCUGAGUGAGAGCGGUAUUCAUACCAGUGAAGAUAUGAUUGCCCGUUUCUCAAAUUCCCAUAUGCAGGAACACCCAGCGGAUGCAUGAAUAGUUUCACCCUUGGGUCACCAGAUAACAUGACAGCUGACUGAUGAGUUCAGCUUCUCAGCACUCAGUCAGGAUGUGCAGUUCUGUAAAAGAGCAGAUGCCAAAGUCAGUUUUACUGUCAAGUUAUAUAAGUUGGCUGCUUUUAUGUUCGACUCCAUUUAAAUUUUACAGCUCGUAUUUUGGUUUUUUUAACAGGCAGCUGUAUUAUCCAUUUGACAGGAACCCAAAACAUCAAGUUAUUUUUGCAUUGCAAUGGAGAGAAAAUAGAUCACUUGUAUCUGCAGCUGCUCUUUGCUUUACACAAAUAUGGCCUCAAAUCAAUAUCACGAUAUAUUGAUCAGUUCACCUCGAUAACGAUAAAUGGACGAUAACUACUCCACAAGCUGCUCACCCCCUCCCACAUUAACUUUGUCUACUUCAGCCGCCGCUCCAGCUGCUACAACUUUUGAACCGUCCUCCAUCUCCUCAGCAGUCUUUACCUCUUUGUUAUGGACUGGAUGGGGUGGAGUCACAUCUACGAUGUAGGACAGCGUCUUAAAGGGACAUGAGACCAUAGCCUACCUACACACACCCAGAACCGACUUAUAUUUAUUUUUUUGACACAGAAUAUACCGAUAUGGGCAAAAUGACGUUGGUUAUUGUUGUAAAUUUUGGUAUCCGUAAAUUUUCCGUUUAUGGCCCAGCCCUAGUUCAUCAUAUCAACUGAAAUGGUAAUGGCGUAGGCUAAUAAUAAUAAUAAUCAAAAGUUGUUCCAGAUAUACCAGAGUUGGGGUCUUACUGCUUCUCUAAAAUAGUCACAAAACCGUCACUUAUUGCAGGUUAGAGUUAUUAUUUUGUGUUUCACUUUUUGAAACCAGAAGCUUUACCCACUUCCUAUAUCCAGUCCAUAUUCCAAAGAUAUAGAUGCACAAUAUCUUCUAAUCGCUUGAAAAUCAGGUCAUAACUCCUGCAAGAAGCACUAACAUCAGUGGUGUUUUCGGGGCCUAUAAACAUGUGCAGUAAGCUUUGAGCUGUGGAGGAGUUUGAGCCUCUUAUGCGACACACAUUCAUGAAAUAAAAUGACAAUGACGGAUAAUGGCAGAGGCACAGUAUAUAGCUUAGCAGGUUAUUAAUUUAGUCUGAAACGCAGAUGAGGUUGUUCAAAGCGAACAAGUCUUUGUUACUCUGUGUUAAGUUAUGUAACAUCAUGGAAUGUACACCAUGUUAUAGUUCACUAUGUUAUAGUACUCAGCGUUAUAGUACACUAUGUAAUGGUAUGCAUGCUAUGUAAUAGUUUCGCUUAGUCAUAGUUUGCUAUUCAAUUGUUAGCUGUAAAGGUUUGCUUUGUUAUGGUACAUUGUCUAAUGAUAGAUUAUAUAAUGCUACUCUACAUUGUGGUAUUUAAUGUUAUAUUAAGUUACACUAAGUUAAGUAAAGAUACAUCAAGUUACACUAAUUUAUUUUACAUUCAGUUGUUAGGUUAAAUUAUGUUAUGCUAGAUUAUGGGAUGCUUACUAAACUUGGUGAUACCCUGUUAUGUUACACAAAGUAACAUGUAGUUAUAUUGUUAUGUUAACAAAGCAGUAAGUUACAGUUUCACUCCUCAUUUUUAGCAUCAAACAGUGAAUUUACUGUAAACUUGCCGAGCUUACUGAUGUUGAACCAUAACGACAGACUUAAUGUUUGAAAUAAUCCGUUUGGCUUGAAUUUUGAUAUCAAAUUAUGACCCCUGUCACAUCUGGCGAAGGCUGGCUUUAUGAUCUGCACUGCUGUCAGUCAGUAGGGGGAGCUCCAAGUUUUUUGGCUUCUAUCAGGGGAUGCCAUCUUUUAUACAGUUUCUGUCCGACUUAAAAACAAUGUUAGUGCAAACCAGAUUGAGAAAUAAAUACCCUUUUUGGAUUGCUGGUCUUUGUUGGUGUUUUUCUUUUGUUUGUUUUGUUCUGUUUCGACUGCAUCAGACCUUCCUUGGUGUUGUUAAAACUAUUGUGGCUGUCUCGCCUGUUUCUAAAACUCACGUCUUAUUGAGGAAUCUAAAAAGUCAGACACAGGACAAAUACAAGCAGUGUGUGUCUGUGAACAGCAAGCUUGUUAUUCCUGGCCCACUUAACAGUAAAGGUGGUUUGAUGUGAAAACACUGCAGAGUCAAAGUCAACCACAGGGUUUGUCACUUUGUCAAUAAGUUUGUUGUUCGAGGUGGUGGAGGGGCAGACAGGGUGAUUCAGAUGGAAGUGGCCUGUUUGCUGCCUGCCCUUCUACUCAUCACAGUGUUUGUCAAGUCCUCAGUGAUGCUCACUCAGGAGCUGAAUCAUGUACUAGAGGACAUUUGACAGACUGUGCCGCUCUACUGUAUAAAGUGCUUUGGUGGGCUGAGUGACGUGGGAUCUUUUGAGACUACCGCAACUUGUCAGGACUUAGCGAAGUCCUGCACAAGCGAAAAAAAGGACCGUAGGUUUGAUUCAGAGGUGCUGCCUGCAGAUAGCAAACGGUACAAGCUCGAGUCAUUCAUAAAACCAAUUGGUGUGGGAGUAUCUAACACUGAUUUACAUGGUUGUUGCUCACUCAGCUUUGAGGUGAUGUGGAGGAAUAUUUUCUUUUGCAAAUAACUCUGAAAUGUCUGCUAUAGAGAGAGUUCACUGCUGUGCUCCUCCAUCAGCCUGAAUAAGUACCCAAGUCCUCGCUCUUUCAACUCCCGUGUGCACAUGAAUUUGUUAUGACAGCGAGAGCUAUGAGGUGGAGGAAGUCUGCUUUGUGAGGUAUACAGUUUGUCUGCGGCAGAUAUUGCUCUGUAAUCUUCCUCUCGCUCACUUUCGGCUCACUGAAACCUCCCUCCACAUCCCUCUGAUGUCUUCUAGCACUUUUACACACUGCAGCACUAUACUGUAACAAACUGCAGCAUGUUUUAGUAUGUGUGAGUGGGCAGCUUUUGCAUGCGUACAAGAAUAGAAGGAUAUUGUUCUCAGUUGUGGUUGCAAGGCUUCGCAAAAGAUGCAAGUAAAAUAACGUAAAUGUGACACUCAAAUGUGUCCAAAUGAAAGCAGAAUGCAUGACUAUGAACAUGCAGAUCCCAAACACUCACAUAGCAACAAUGGAGCGAACGUAGCAAGCAAGUGUAUUGGGGAUUAAGAAGUGGAGAGAAUGUUUUAUUAUUGAUGUGCAAUGCUCUCUGGAUAAAUGUGAAGUCAGCUUCUUUUUCCCAGGUCUACUGCUGCUAUGCUGGAACACCACCUUACAGCAGAGCUUCAGCCAAAUUGAAGAUGAGAGCGAUUUUUUUCCCCCUUGAGCAAAAGCUGAGAAUGAGGAAUGCUUAGCUAAUAUCCAAAGAGGGAGAAAAAAAAGAGGGACUUUGGUUCUUCUUGUGCUUUUCUGCCGCAGCAUCACCUCAGAGAAGAGACCUCUUUUAAACUAAAGAUGAGAGAGAUCAAAAAAUAAAGAUGAGAGAAAUUUUUACCCCUUUGGGCGAGAGCUGGGAAUGAUAUUAGCACUACUUAAAACCUAAGAGAGAGAGAAAGAGAGUAAGAGAGAGAGACAUUACACUCAUGUAAGCAAACCGCAAGAAAAGAGAGGGAAUUUUAGGAGACAUUUUAUAUUAUUAGAGCUGUUAUGACAUUGUUGCUGCUAUUGCAUUUGGCUCUGACUGUUGCUGAAGUUGUUUACUGCAAUUAUUACUGCUAACCCGCUGGCACUCAUUGUGACUAGACACUUUUUCUAGCCGAUAAGUGAAGGGCCUAAAAAUUAUGCGACAAAUGAAAUAUAACACAACAUUACAGCCUGUUUUGGGGGGUUAUUUUUGUGUUUAUCAGAUAGGAGAGUGGGCAAAGGUACAUGGCUGGGAGGAGAGUUGGUGUUCGCUGCAAUGAGGACUAUGGCUUCUAUACAUGUGGGAGGAACUUCAACCGCUAGACCAACCCCCACAUUACAGACUUAGUACUUGCAACAAUUAUACUUCUUUGUCUCCCAAAAAUCUGCUGACCUCGUCCCUUGACCUCACUUACAUGUCCUCAGAAUCUUACAGACUCUCUCUUUCCUCUUUCUUUCCCCCCUCUGCGUGUCACUAGGUGUGUGUCUGGUGUUAGGCUGUAUGAUCUACCCUGACGGCUGGGACAGUGAGGAGGUGCGGCGGAUGUGUGGAGAGCAGACGGAUAAGUACAGCCUGGGAGCGUGCUCAGUGCGUUGGGCCUACAUCUUGGCGAUCAUGGGCAUACUGGAUGCUCUCAUCCUGUCUUUCCUGGCCUUCGUCCUGGGGAACCGGCAGGACGGACUCAUGACAGAAGAGCUACUGGCUGAGAGCAAGGGUGAGAAAGCGCCAUCUGAUUUGAUAAAGAUGUGAUAUUUGAUUGAUCUCCUGUGGGAAUGUCACCCCGCGCUUGUCCACUUCACUGACAGUCAAAGCAGAGGUCAGAGUAACACCACAGGAGCAUGUUCGGUUUGGUAUAUUGAACUAAAGGGCUGCUUCAGUUACAGCAGAGGAACUUUCUUGAAGAAUUUCUUUGUUAGAUGAUCAAUAAAUUUGUUUUUGCUACACCUGACUGUAAACAUACUCAUACUUAAACCUUAAUCCUGUAUUUUGAUAUGGAGCUCCUGUUCAUUUUUGGCCUUAGUAUGACAAAAAAAAUUGCUCCAAAAGUAAUAGGUAUAACCUUUAAGUAAAUGAGAAACUGUGCACUGAAGCAAGCUUAGAGAAUAGCCUCCUCAUUUAUCACGACUUUGCACCAGCCUAAAUUUAGAAAGUGUGCACUCAUUAAGGUGGCGAUAAAACAUUCCCUGGUCUGGCAAACACAUUAAAUGAGCUGAAUUCAUAAAAGGAUCCCACUGAGUGUGCCCAAAGCCAAAGCUGCAGAUGUAAGAAGCUUUUGAUGCUGGCUUGAAGAAAAACACUUUAUUUAGGAAGCUUCAAAGGAAUUUCAACAUAACCAGAAGCUUUGCCACUAUGGCAAAUGUACAGUUAUCAACAAACAUUAAUGAGCGGCAGACACUCUUGAGUUUGCAUCACUGUUUUUUACUCUGUUUACUCGUACACAUGUUUAAAAUGAAAAUAAUUAAGAUUAAAACAUCUCUGUCCAAGUGCUGUUAAAAUAAAAUGUUCUUUACCAGUUCAUUAUGAAUGUACUGUUGUGAGACUUAAAAAAGGGACAUUUUAGCUCACAAAAUGUGAAAAAAGGAUAUAAAUGGGGCUCUUUUACUUUGACAUUAAACUUGUUAAAGCUGUAUUCAGAUUCAGUACAAGUAAAGGAAUUAAUCUGCUUAUCUUCUUUGUGAUUUUUAACAUCCGUACAAAUACCCUUUCAAAUGAACUAUCACACUUUCCUCUGCCAUUCUACUAUGAAUCUAUAAUGAUGUGAAGCUUUAGUCCUAUUAAAGUCCCAGCCUUUACAGUGGUGUCCAUGCAUAUCUAAUAUUCCAUCACUAUCACAGGCCUAAGCACAGAUUUACCAUUAGAGGUUCUGGCUUCAGGCGUGUCUUUUAGUGGGAAAUGGGAUUUGUAUGUCCAUGCUGCACUGCGUGUUAUGGAAGCAGACAGGCAUGGGUGACCAGUUGGGCGUUAAACAAAAGCUGGAAGGAAAAAAGGAGGAUGAGAGAGAGAAAAAGGGCAAACCUUUUAUUUUACAUAAACUACAGGAGGGGUGCCACUGUAUUCUUGUCUUAGGGGGAGGUGUGCGCCAUUUUUAAAGCAAUUCUGACCAUCUAAACUAAGAGAUAACAGAGGUCAUAAAAGAUCUACGGACAAUGUCAUGGAGGAAAAAAAUUGAGUGGAAUUAUCAGCAGUUUUUCAAGUCAAUAAACAGCCUCACUAUGCAACUUAAUGAUGUUCCCUUGCUCAGUAUAGGGCGCUGAGAAUGCAUCAUGUAUGAAUAAUGUAUUACGGCUUGAUGGAAUUUAAUAAAUAGCUCAUCUCUGGUGCCAUCUAGUGGACAAAUAACUUGCAAUACACCCAGUUAUAGUGAAGGAUGCGUUGGCAAUGUGUGAACACAUGAGUCUAUUAAUAGCAUGACCUUGAAAAACAUGUUGUCGUGGUUUUCUUAUUUUUCUGUGUUUCUGUUUUUGCAGAAGGAGGAAACGCCUAACCAAAUCUUAUGGUAAAGAUGAAAAUAAUGAAAAUACACCUUUUCUUUUUUCUUUUUUUACAUGUUGAUUUAAAAUGAAGCAUUAUGUAAUCCAUUACGCACAAUGUGACUGUUCUUUAAUAAGAAGUUCAACAAGAAAACUGGGUGUGGACAGCCUUUUAUUCUCUCUAGAGUCAAAUCCUGUAAAACAACAUCAUUAACAUUCAAACAAGAUUAAAUACUACUUAAUGUUGACUGUUUUCUGAGUAUUGUUUACUGUUUACAAGUCAGAAAGUUCAACUUUAAAUUUCUUUUUCUUUAAAUAAAUUAGUUGCUUCAGGACAUCUGUUAUUGCUUACUUGAGUCUUUUUCUGUGUUGUUUCUUCCAGGUUCCUAAACCUCAUGUGUCUGUUGCCAUGAAGUACCUGUCCCUCAACAUGAGCUUAGAGGAGGGAGGCCUCUGUGCCUAUUGAGGAGAAAAUACUACAGAACCAGCCAGCCUGCCUUUCACAUCUCCAUGCUUAAAACCCAGUGAAACGUUCUCCCUUAAGCCCAAACAUUAUGCUUGCAGUCCCCUACAUCAUCUCCAGCACUUAGUCAGAGCCUGCAGCACUUUUAUCCCCAUGUGUCUACAGAGCCAACCCUGUGCUACAUGUCAUUUACCACAAUAGGGGCAGAGACUGUUAUCCUAAUGAGAAGAAUAUGGACUACCCACUACCUACCUGAGAAAGAACAGGGUUGACAUUGUAUACAUGCAGUACGAGCACACGUACACACACAAACAAACGCACUCACAUGCACAAACACGACUCCGUAACACACAUACAAUACAUGUAAACAAAGGUCAUAAAUAAACUCUGUAAUUACAAGUAUUAAACUAUGUUAACACUUAGCCGUGUGUACCACCAUCAGAAUGUGUGUCAUGUAUGUUUUGUUUGUGAAAAGAAGACAUUUUAAGAUUAUAUCGGGUUAAUGUAAAUCUAUUGUGUUUCAUAUGUAACAUUUGAAGAUGAAAUGAAAAUAUUAGUUUGUUCUUUGCCCAUUCAGCCACUUUCUUCCUCCUAAUUUACAAAAAAUAACAUAUUUAACACUGUUUUAUAAGACUAUUAUCAUCAGAAAGAGAAAAAAAAUUGUAUUACAAAGUAUGUACAGUAAAUAUUGAAGAUGUUCAAGAAAUUUUAAUUAAAUCCAUUCAAUGCUCUGCUAGCUAACUUUGCACAGCGCUUCAGUUUGAGGAGAAAUUAAUAUUUUAUAGUCUGUGGUAUCUAUCUACACUGUGAUGGGGGCUAUUAGGACUGUGUGCUGCAGGACUCGUAGCUGCUGUGUGAGUGUUCAUCUGUAUGUGUGUGUGUAAGAGAGAGAGAGUGUGUGAGUUUAUGCACAUACGUGAGUGUUGGUUUGAAUGUUUUGCCUGCAUUAGUUUGUUGGGCUAGUGAACAGAUAUGCCAGCCUCACACACAAUCGUCCUGUUGUGUUACUAAAUCAGUCUGUCUGUGUGUUUCCAGGACUUUCUUUCUCCCGUUGUUUUGUUGGGACGUACAGGGUAGCAUGAUGACGUGUAAUGUAUAUCAAUCAGUGUGACUGAGGAGGAAAUGUGCUGUAAUGGAUCUAUUAGGCCUGUCCCAGCCUCACCUGUGGAUAUGUCCCUGUGUAAAUAGAUGUUCAAUAGAUACAAAUACUUUAAAACAUGAAGGAGAUUAACUCUGUUUAACUUAGAGCAAUUAAAGAGAUUCCUAUAAGAAUAUAUGAACACUUAAUAAAGAUUUUCACUGUACAA